CUGAGCACGUGAACUCAACCACUCAGCCAUGGGGCCAGCCCCUCAGAUUGCCUUUUUAUUUCCCUGCUCUCAAAGACGGUAUCUAAAAAAUGAGGGGGGCGGGGGAAGCAUACAGAUAUAAAAAGAUAUGGACACAGACAUACAUAUAAGGUAAUGUGGCUCUUGGUGGGUAUGUGGCUAGAAAAAUCUCAGCCUGUGGGACGGUGAUGUGGAGGACCAGGGGUGGGAUCAUCCUUCUAGUACAAGCCACCUCCUCCCUUCCCAACCAUCCCAGAAAUGCAGGCCUCUCCUCAGAUUGGGGAGCAGUAGAGGGGGAGAUUUGAUUAAUAAUAAUAAUGCGGUCCCUAACACUUACACUUCUAAUCGCACUUCCUGGCACUCUUCUGAGCCGGCUCUACAUGUAACUCAUUUAAUCUUCCUAACGGCUCAGCAACAUAGGUUCUAUUACUGUCUCUGUCAUCAUCAGCUCAUCAGUAGAUGUGCUGGUGGCAGACCACCAGGUGAUGCCAGCGUGUAGCCAGGGUGGAGGCCACUCCUUUCUAAGGUCCCCAUGAUGACUCUUUUUGUGAUGAGAACGCUUGUAAAGUAGACUCUCACCCCCAAUCUGUUUUAGUAAAUCUGGAUUUCCAUCCUUUAGACUUGUGCACAGCAAGGUGUACCUGUAUGUAACUGUGGUGUCACCUUUCUUGCCUUCAUCUCAGCAGCCCAUUGGUUCCACCCAUCCCACCCACCCCACUGUUUCAGGUGUCACUCUGUCUGGUCCCCGAGGCUGGUUAUCUUGGCUGUACCUUUGGUUCAUUUCCUUCUAGCACCUCCACCCACAUCUAGUAAUUGUGACCUCUGGAGUCUUCCUAGACAAGGACUUCUUUCAGAUGUUCUCUCUUGCCUGCUGCCAGCCCUUCUAGGACAACAGUGCUUCAUAUCUAAGCCUGAAUAUCCCCAUCUUUUCCUGGUGAUAAGAAUCAACAAGUGGCAACUGCUGUAAACAUAAAUUCCUCGGCCGCCUCAGGAGAUUAUGAUCUGGGUGGUUGGAAUCUAUCCACUGGGCUGUCCUGUCACCUCCUGACUCAAAGCAAGGAGGUUGAGUUGUCCCCUUCCGGGGUCAUUGGUCCUCUCUGUCCUCUGCUUGCCCCCUGCUGGUUCCCUCCCCCUUGGUCUCUCAGUCACUCAAACCACCUCUUUCCCAGAGACUUUCUUUCUCAAGCCCCUUGGCUGCCCAGCACUGCCCAUCAUUCGGGCCUCACCCAGGCUGCCCACCCGCUUCUCUGGCUGAAUCUUUUCUUGCUCCCCAGAGCGGAGGCUGCAAAAGUGUGGUCUGACAGGCCUUUUAGAAAUUGGGAAAUUAAAAAACAAAACAAAACCAAAAUACCCCCGGCUUACUGAUUUCUUUUUAAAACAAGAAAAACAUCUGAGGCUCUGCAGCCUGGAUGGAGGUCACCCUUGGGUAGAAACGAGCUGGAUCUGCAACUGGGGGAUUGGUGGCUGGGCCCUUUGCUAGGCCUGGGGUCUCCAGUUCAACACAGUCCUUACCACUCUUUCCUUGACUCCCCGCUUACUCAUUUUUCUCCCCUCUCUGGCCCUGGGGGCAUUUGAGCCUGGGACCACCUUUUAGAACAGGCACUGUUCACUUCUCUGCUCCUCCGCCAUGCUCUUUCCCACUGAGAGUGCUUUCUCUGCCUCUUAAAGUCCUCCUCAUCACUCCAGGUCCCACUCCAUCCUACCUGUUCUGUAAACCUUUCCCUCUGCUUCCCCCCACCGCCAACCCCAGAAAUGCCUGCCUUCCUCCUGAACGCUUCUUCAGUUGCUGGUAAGUGCCUUCCGCUGUCAUGAACCGUGGUUCAUAACUUGUCUAGAUGGAGGUUUUCUGUCUCCUGACCCUAGUCCAUACUAAGUGUUACGUGCAUCUCUCUCCCCUCCUUUGACAGGGCUUAGGCACAGCCAGUAGCUCUCUUGGUUGUAUAUAUUGGUUGUAUAUAUUAUUCUGGGAUAGGAGACUCCAGAAACAUACCUGAAGCUUCCCCAGCAGCCUCUUAAAGUUCUGCUAGAAUUGCUUCUUGGGUUAAAAUAUUUAUCCCAUUAUAAAUUUCUUCAUUGAUUUGAUAGGAAAGAAUCACAGAGAAUGGACUCUGGAGUCCGCCCACCUGGCUGCAUGUCCCUGCCACUGAAUAGCUGUGCGACCCUAGGCAAGCUUGCAGAUGCCAGCAAGUUACCCAACCUGAAAGAACUUCUCCAGUCCUCUGGAGACAGAGAGAAACGGGCCUGGGACCUGGUGAGCUGGAUUUUAUCCUCAAAGGUCCUGACAAUCCACAGUGCAGGGAAGUCGGAGUUUGAAAAGAUCCAAAAGCUGACUGGUACCUCUCACAUGCCUGUCCCCGUGCCGGACUUCCUGUUUGAAAUCGAGUACUCCGACCCAGCGAACGCCAAAUUUUACGAGACCAAAGGAGAACGAGACCUAAUCUACGCCUUCCACGGGAGCCGCCUAGAAAACUUCCAUUCCAUCAUCCACAAUGGCCUGCAUUGCCACCUGAACAAGACAUCCUUGUUCGGGGAAGGGACCUACCUCACCAGUGACUUGAGCCUGGCCCUCAUUUAUAGCCCCCACGGCCAUGGGUGGCAGCGCAGCCUCCUUGGCCCCAUCCUCAGCUGUGUGGCCGUGUGUGAGGUCAUUGACCAUCCAGAUGUCAAAUGCCAAACAAAGAAGAAGGAUUCCAAGGAGCUAGACCGCAGGAGAGCGAGAAUCAAGCACAGUGAAGGGGGAGACAUCCCUCCAAAGUACUUUGUGGUCACCAAUAACCAGCUCCUGCGUGUGAAGUACCUGCUGGUGUACUCGCAGAAGCAGCCCAAGAGCAGAGCUUCAAGCCAGCUCUCCUGGGUUUCCAGCCAUUGGUUUACAGUCAUGAUAUCCCUGUAUCUGCUGCUGCUGCUCCUAGUGAGUGUCAUCAACUCCUCAGCUUUCCAACACUUUUGGAAUCGUGUGAAGAGAUAGGGGUCUUUCUGGGCCCGGUGUGGGGGCCACCUCGACCAUGUGCCUUAUGAUAACUUGUUCUGUACCUCCUGUGCCCCACAUCCAGCCAGGUUGAACCUGGGGGCCAGUUGGGGACCACAGGACAAUUUUCACAUGCCAUAAUGUAUCGAUUGCCUUUGAUGAUGCUCCUGGCCACACUCCGGUCAACAGAGACCCCUGGUCUCUCACUUUUAGGUUUUGGGGGCGCCCUCCUGUCUGCUCCUCCCUAAACGGUCCUAAGGAGUUGGCUUUUCUGCCAGGGCCAAAGGAAAAAGUCCUGCUGCAUUUAAAAACAAAGUGUCCAGGCCGUCAGUGCUGUGUUUACAAUCGCUCCUGGCAGAUGUUGGCCCUUUCUCUAAUGCUUUCUGGAAGGCGGAAAAUGUGUAGUGGGGACUAUAAAUCACUGACGAUUGCCUUGUUUUGACUUGAGACACCCAAGAGGAGCAGUCAUGUUUCUCAUAAAAAUCGGUGGGAUCGUUUUUGAAUUCCAUCAGCCUUUGUAUGUGAGUGCAAAACAUUUUCACGGUUUUCUUAAGUCAACAAACAGCCUCCUGCUACAGCCGUAGCACCCCCCCGCCCAACCACGGAUGAGAAAGGAGGGAGUCAGAGACCUGAGGAAAAAUAUGAACUUAACAAUGAGCGACUCAAGUUGGCUUUUUCUAAAAAUUACCAACUGCUGAUUACAGCUGAAAUGGAACCAAAUGUUUAUUUUCUGAUUUUUAAAAAAAAAUAGCUAUUUGACAAAUGCAUCUUUGUGAGCUGAGUAAAAGGGGAAAUUUCUAAACCUAGAGCACCACUUGGGCAGUGUCCACAGCCUCUCUCCUGGCCAUGAUUUAGAGAAAGGGGUUUAAGCUGCAGGUCUGCCUCCUGUUCCUGUUCUCAUGAAGCUGCCUUGACCGUGGCCUGCCAGCCACAAGCGCCACGCCGUAGGCCGUCUGUGGGCUGCCAGCCGGCCUUGGAGACAGAAGCCUGCCUCAGUGUGCCACGGAUGUGCGUGGACCGAGCCUCCCACAGAGGGGUCGGGUCUUUAGGACUCAGCCUGGGCUUUAACUGUGCAGGAAGAGCCUCUGGCUGCCCAGAGAGCGGCUGUUCUACUGGCUGUGUUCUCUGCCCCUCCUUCCUGCCCCCUUUCAGCCAUAACGGAGCCCUGUCUGAUCUGGGAAGGGAGAUUUCUGUAAAGAAGGGGGAAAGUCAUUUUUCUAUAAUUUGUGAAGUUGUAAAAAAGCCACGAUCAUGGUUUUUGCAUUGAAUGUUGGAACAUUUCAGAAAUAAUAAAUGUAUUUUCCUAAUUA